GGACACUGUCUUGGGACAAGGGUGGGAAAUAAAGUGUUGUUGACGUGUCUGUGCGCCAAUAGGACGCCGGGGAUGAUUCCCACGCUGGCACAAUUGGCUUAGAAUAAAGACCACUGCGUCCGAGAAGUUGCAGCGAUGAUUGGGUGUAGGAUUGUGCAUUGAAAAUAACCAGGCAGGAGCUGCAUGUUUGAUAGCAGCCAGCUGAGACUGAGGGGCGUGCGAUGCAGCAGGAUGGUGGUUUCCUGCAGUGUUUGUGUGCCGGAUUAGCCGCUACUUAGCUCCGUGUGUGUGUUGUAGAAGCAGGGCGCAUCGAGCCUCCAGCCAGCCGCGCCAGGUGGAUGCGCCUGCAGUGAUCCAGGUCGUCCCUAUGGAUCGCGUCCAUGGAUGUCUUCAAACCUGCUUUGGACAGUAGUAGUCCUAAGGCGUGCGUUUCUUCAACGGAAGAAGCAGAGGAAGAUGUUUUUCGCUGGCCCACACCGGCGAAUGGCAUUAGCGCCGCGCCGGAUACGGGACCAGCCGCGCCGGGCUUCUGGACGGCCGUGUUCGACUAUGAAGCGACUGCGGACGACGAGCUCAGCCUUCGGAAGGGGGAUCUGGUGGAAGUCCUGUCCAAGGACUCCCUGGUGUCAGGAGAUGAAGGAUGGUGGACCGGUAUGAUAGCAGACCGGGUUGGCAUCUUCCCUUCUAAUUAUGUCAGCAAAGGCACCGGCAUACCGGAGGAAAUACGGGCCACCUCAGAGCAGCAGUACCCCGUGCCUCCUUUGCACCUUCUUGAGAUUGAUUUCUCAGAGCUCACCUUGGAAGAAAUUAUCGGGGUUGGUGGUUUUGGAAAAGUCUACCGUGCAAUGUGGCAGGGCGCAGAGGUGGCAGUGAAGGCAGCACGACGGGACCCCGAUGAGGAUUUGGAGCAGACAAUGGAGAGCGUUCGUCAGGAGGCCAAGCUCUUUGCCAUGCUCAGCCAUCCCAACAUUAUGGGUUUGCUGGGAGUGUGUCUGCAGGAGCCUAACCUGUGCCUGAUAAUGGAGUAUGCCCGAGGAGGCCCUCUCAACCGGGCUCUAGCUGGGAAACGCAUCCCUCCAUGUACUCUGGUUGACUGGGCUGUGCAGAUUGCCCGAGGCAUGCACUACCUCCACUGCCAGGCUAUUGUCCCCAUUAUUCACCGGGAUCUCAAGUCCAGCAACAUCCUUAUCCUUGAGAGGGUUGAGAUGGAAGAUCUCAGCAACAAGACUCUGAAGAUCACAGACUUUGGACUGGCUCGAGAGUGGCACCGCACAACCAAGAUGAGCGCUGCCGGCACCUACGCCUGGAUGGCUCCUGAAGUCAUCCGCUCAUCUACAUUCUCCAAGGGUAGCGACGUUUGGAGUUAUGGUGUGCUGUUGUGGGAGCUGCUGACUGGAGAAGUCCCAUUUCGUGGUAUCGAUGGUCUGGCAGUAGCUUAUGGAGUGGCGAUGAACAAAAUGGCCUUGCCAAUCCCGUCUACCUGUCCUGAGCCCUUUGCACGUCUUAUGGAGGACUGCUGGAGCCCAGACCCUCACUCUCGGCCACAGUUCACAGCUAUCCUAGACCAGCUGACGGCCAUUGAGGAGUCAGGCUUUUUUGAAAUGCCAGCAGAAUCCUUCCACUCUCUCCAAGAUGACUGGAAACUGGAGAUCCAGGAAAUGUUUGAUCAGCUGAGGACCAAGGAAAAGGAGCUGCGAUCGUGGGAGGAGGAGCUGACCCGAGCGGCACUGCAGCAGAAGUAUCAGGAAGAGGCGUUGAGGAGGCGGGAGCAGGAACUAGCUGAACGUGAGAUCCACAUCCUGGAGCGAGAGCUCAAUAUCAUCAUUCACCAGCUCUACCAGGAAAAGCCUCACGUGGAGAGCAGGCAGGGCAAGUUCCGCCGCAACCGCCUUAAACUCAAGGAUGGGAACAGGAUCAGCUUGCCUUCAGAUUUUCAGCACAAAAUCACUGUGCAGGCAUCUCCUUCCCAUGAUCGACGGAGGAGUUUGCUUAGCAGCGGUUCCAGCCCUCCCACUAGUCCACCGAUGUUGCCUCGCCUGAGAGCUAUCCAGCAUUUAGCAAUAUGUUAUUUUCCAGUCACGCCGGGGGAAGGUUGUACAGGUUGGGGUCGCAACACUUGUUUUCAACCUGAUGAGGAGGAAAGUGAGAGGAAGGGGUCAAGAAAGAAGGGCAGAACUCGUGGAUGUGGCCCAUACAGAGAACAUAGCGCUGAUGCAAGUGUGAAGCCUCCCCAUGAGGGCAGCCGACAGCGAUCCUGCAGUGCCCCAAACCUCCGCAGAUCCCCUAGACACAGCCCAGCAGUGCCUGGAGUGCCAAGCCUUGUGGAGAUGGAAAAUGAAGACUGCUGCUUCACUACUGAACCAGGAGCAGCUCCUGGUCAGUCCUACCUCUGCAUUCCCUUCCAUAAGGAGACCCACACUGCUGCUGCCGCUGCUGAUGGUGAUGGAGAUGAGUACUGCCUCAGCAGUCAGGUGCCAGGAACACCACCAUGCAGGAAGAGCCCAGGUGGAAGCAGACGCUCUGAACUGGUUUUGCUGGGCUGCGGGGCUCUGCUUGCAGCUGUCGGGCUGGGCUACAACUUGUUAACGUUGGCCCAACCGGAAGAGCAUAUCAAACCACGCUGGGAGGGCUUUUUCCAUAGAACGGGGAGCCAGAGGCGAAGCACAAGCCCCCCGACGCGCAGACUAUUCCGGCGGGAAAGCCCGCUCAAACCGUCGGCACCCUCACUACCUGAACGAGGCUUACCCUCCUCAUACACACUGCUGUCUUUAUCAUCAGUGUCUGACUGCAACUCCACUCGCUCGCUGUUGCGCUCUGACAGCGAGGAGCUGUUGGUCUGCCGCCCUGCCUCACCGCCCACACAGCCUCCUCUUCCCUCUCAUGUCUCACAGCAUCAAGCCAUCCAAACUCCAAUCAACCCACUGGUCAACACACACCUUGAGAGCUUCAAGCGCAACCCACGCCAGUCACUCACACCCACACAUGUUCCCUGCACCACAAGUUCCUCACGCAGCCUCCGUCGAACACCAUCAGACGGAGCCAUCAAGAAGAGCUGCCCACCUAAUAAUCUGGAGCCAUUACCGGAAAAAACAGCAUUAGAAAACACAGGUGGCUUCAGAGUUGUAAAAGAAGACUGUUCAGAGGUCCCUCGGCUGCCCGAUCCAAAUGUUGUCUUCCCACCAACACCUCGCCGUCGCUGUCCUCCCGAACGCCCCAAAACCUUGGACUUUGUGGCACGACCUCGACCUUCACCACGAGCGCGCUCCGAAGUGUUUUGGGCAGAAGCGAGGCCCAGGGGAAACGGACAGACCCUAGGUAACGGCGACUCCCCUGCCCACACCUCAAGCACAGAGACUCCACCCACCGUAGAGUUCGGGAGAGACUCAGCAGUGCUACCCACACCCAUGGAGGCCCCAACACCGUACUCCCCACGCCGGAAUGAAAAUUUGUUGGAUCAGCUGGAUGAGGGACAGUAUCGGGAUGGAACAGUCCCGCUCUGCAGACCGGAGACGAGUGUCCCUAAAGACUCACCUUACCGCUACAAACCAGGAUUCUGGUCAUAACCCAGCCUGACCCUCAUUGGUCCUACACAACAUGGAGACUCUACCUGCUGUUAGCUUUUGGAUGACCACAAAUUUGGGUCAGUUAGCAAUCUGGAAUUUAUUCACCUUUCUCCAUCUACACAGUGGUCGUAAAUGCUAGGAAGAUAUUUACUGUGAAAACACUCCCUUUCUGGCAUUUGUUGCAGCAAAUCUUUAAAUCUUGCAUCCAAAACUGCUCAAACAAAAAAA